ACAAGUCGCAGUUUCUUCUCUCUGUGGCGGCUCCACGGGACUCACCGAUCGGCGAUUCUCGUCUUUUCUAGGGUUUCGAUCUACAGAAUCACACGAAUUUUAGAAAUAAUGUCUGCGCCGGCGACCCAAACUCAACAACAUGAGCAGAAGAAGAAGCAAUCAGAGUCUCCUGGAGAAGAAGCCUUGAAGAAGAACACAGAUUGCGUUUACUUUCUCGCCUCUCCUUCUACCUGCAAGAAGGGAGCUGAGUGUGAGUAUCGGCACAGUGAGUAUGCGCGUGUGAACCCAAGGGAUUGCUAUUAUUGGUUGAGUGGAAACUGCUUGAAUCCCAAAUGUGGCUUUCGCCAUCCCGCUUUGGGAAAUCUAGGAGGUCUGCCUGCUGGUUCUGUACCGACAUCUCAAGCAGUUGUGAAACAGCCGUUUCCAUGUGUUUUCUUUCAAAAGGGCAUGUGUGCUAAAGGAGAUAUGUGUUCAUACAUGCACACUCCAAUUGUUGCUGGUUUUAAGAAGCAGCAUCCUUUAGAAGCUAAGCCUGCUGCUGAUCCUCAGUUUUCUACUGAGGAGAAGAAGCUUGUUGCACCCAGAGUCACACCUGCUCUAAGGGAUAGUAGAGGUGUGGAGGGGUAUAUUCCGAAGCAUGUUGGGUAUGAGCCUGUUGUGAAGAAAAUGGACGUGGGUGUUCCUUCUUUGACUGAUGAGAAUAACAGUUUUCACAAUGGGAAGGACGGAGAUGACGGCGUGAGAGAGUCGUCUCCUGGGUUUGACGUUUUUGUGGAUAACGAGGCAAGGGAUGAUGAGUAUUAUCAUGUUGGCGAUGGAUAUGGACGGAGAAGUCAGGAGGGACGGAACUCUUUGAAUGAGUAUGACUCUGAGUUUAGUGCAAUUGCUGGUGGUGGUGAUAGGGAAGGGUUCCGUGAUCAGCGUUUUGAUUCGUAUGAUAGGAGGGAUGACAGGCACGCAUGGGGCCACCGUCGAGGUUCUUCUGAGAGAGGAGAUCGUUUGGAAAGGAGGGUUUACGGGGAAAAUGAAGGAUCAGAGAAUAUACUUGCAUCGGAUCUGAGAUAUCGCUUGGCUAAGCAGAGGAAAGGUAAUGACUAUGCUGCUCCAGAGUCUUCAAUGGAAAGAGUAUAUAGAGACUCUCGUAGGAAUACACCGAGGGAAAGCUCCAUUAGCAGCAGCAGCCGUCUUCAGGGUAGAAUUAAGCUUCGUGAGAGAAGCAGUGACGAGGAAGGUCACUUUGGUAGGAGGGUUGAGAGAGGAAGGGACAGAAGCGACUUAUCUCAAAGUAGACUCCGAGAUAGGAUUAAUGGUAGGUUAGAGCAAGACCAUAGUGGUAAUCAGGAAAGAGAUCUCCGAGCUCCUUGGGUUAGAAGAAGAGAGACGGAAGAGGGCUUUUCAGUUUCUAAAGGCAGCAAAAAAGAGGAAAUUAAGACAGAGACAUCUCUGGGGAAGAGGAAAAGCUUGGAGGAGGAUCAUCAUCCUUAUAAACGAUCAGGAGAUUCCUUUGCAGCUCCAUUGCCUUUCAGUGAGAUUCUCAAGAGAAAAAGAGCUGCUGCAUCUGGUGGUAGCCUUGAGAACAAGGACCAGACUCCUGAAGAAACGAUAUCAGAAGAAGCUGGAGAUGAUGAGACCAAACUCAUAACAGAAGAGAAAACUGAGGCUGUGUUUGAACCCAAUCCAGCCAACGAAGCUGGACUAGAAGGAACGAUUAUGGAGGAAGGAGAAGAAGUGAAUGGGGAGGAGGAGCAAGUGUAUGAAGAAGAGGAGCAAGCUUAUGAAGGCGAUGAGCUAAACGGAGAGUACUAUUAUGAAGAAGAUGGAGAAUACGCCUAUGAAGAAGGCGAAGAAGUUGUUUACGCGGCUGAGGAAGGAGAAGAAGCAACAGAAGGAGGUGAAGCGGAGGGUGUAGAAGACAUUGAGAAGAAGACUGCUGGGAUGUUGUCAUAGAAAAAGAAGCGUUUCAAGGAGGAAAUGAUGAAUGAUUUCAUUGAUGGUGUAUGACAAAAAAGCUUUGCUCCUUCUGCUAAAUGCAAAUCUUGAGCGAAUAGUGAGUUUUAAAUCGCCAUGUUUUUCCGUUAUGAUUUCUUAAAUUGUAACAGUAGAAGAAAGAACAGAAACAAUAGUACAAGUACAACCCACAAAUUCUAAAUUUUUGUUCUUUAUAUUAAAAGCUAUUCAUAGUUUCAUAUUAAAAAG